AUGGCGGGCAUUCCGAGCUACGCCGUAUUGACUCCGACGGCAGCCACCGCAGCAACAGCUCCAGACGGUCUACAUCGUCGGAGAGCAAGCGCCGCUCGGACAGUUCGCGGUAGUCUGGACGUCGCGCCCGUGCCCAACGCUUGCAGGAGGCCGAGAGCGGCGGAGGGCGCCCGCUUGGUGCAGGUCAUGCGGACCGCGCUGCCGAUGGGCGCCGUGGACAGAGGACGCGGCGAGAGGCCAACAAGUUUUACCGCUCGGGGUCGCAGCUCCGCCAGCGCGCCGCGGACGCCGCCUUCCAGAUGGAGCGCGACGGCCCCGACCUCGAUCUACUCCCUGCGUUCCCGACGCAGGCGCAGCGAGCCCCCCCGACGCCGGCGGCUUGGGCCGCCACACCUGGCGGACCUCUGGCAGAACAGCGUGUGGACCAGCUUCUUCAGCAACGUGCCCCACGCGAUUUUCGACUACGUGAUGUUCUCCUGUUCUCGUGUGCUGAUUUAG